UCCGGGAGAGUUGACAAAGCCCCGCAGGGAAGGACGCCUCGCGGCGCGCCGCCCGGGCCCCUCGCCCCGCCGCCCCGGGACCCCGGCGCCGCCCCCGGCCCCGGACGCCACCGAGCCGCCCGGCCCGCCCCGACUCCGGCCCCGGCUCCGGCCCGAGCCGCCCGCGCCCAGGUAGCGCCGCGCCGUCCCGAGGCCGGGCCCGGGGGCGCGGGGCGGCGGGUGCGGCGCCCGGGGCGGCGAUGACCGCGCAGCGCGCCCCGCGGGCCCGGCCCUGAGCCCGCCGCCCUGAGCCCCGCGAGGUCCGGAGGCCGCGAUGACGCCGAGCCCCGCGCUGCUGCUGCUGCUGCCGCCGCUGCUGCUGGGGGCCCUCCGGCCGGCCGCCGCCGCCCGAGGCCCCCCGAGGAUGGCCGACAAGGUGGUCCCCCGGCAGGUGGCCCGGCUGGGCCGCACCGUCCGGCUGCAGUGCCCCGUGGAGGGAGACCCGCCGCCGCUGACCAUGUGGACCAAGGACGGCCGCACGAUCCACGGCGGCUGGAGCCGGUUCCGCGUGCUGCCCCAGGGCCUGCGGGUGAAGGCGGUGGAGCGGGAGGACGCGGGCGCCUACGUGUGCAAGGCCACCAACGGCUUCGGCAGCCUCAGCGUCAACUACACCCUCAUCGUCAUGGAGGACACCAGCCCGGCCAGGGAGAGCCCAGGGCACGAGGGCUCCUCCGGGGGCCAGGAGGACCCAGCCAGCAAUCAGUGGGCACGGCCCCGCUUCACGCAGCCCUCCAAGAUGCGGCGCCGGGUGAUCGCACGGCCCGUGGGCAGCUCCGUGCGUCUCAAGUGCGUGGCCAGCGGGCACCCGCGGCCCGACAUCAUGUGGAUGAAGGACGACCAGGCCCUGACCCGCCCCGAGGCCAGUGAGCACCGCAAGAAGUGGACGCUGAGCCUGAAGAACUUGCGCCCCGAGGACAGCGGCAAGUACACGUGCCGCGUGUCGAACCGCGCCGGCGCCAUCAACGCCACCUACAAGGUGGACGUGAUCCAGCGGACGCGGUCCAAACCCGUCCUCACGGGCACGCACCCCGUGAACACCACCGUGGACUUCGGGGGCACGACCUCCUUCCAGUGCAGAGUGCGCAGCGACGUGAAGCCGGUGAUCCAGUGGCUGAAGCGCGUGGAGUACGGCGCCGAGGGCCGCCACAACUCCACCAUCGACGUGGGCGGCCAGAAGUUCGUGGUGCUGCCCACGGGCGACGUGUGGUCGCGGCCCGACGGCUCCUACCUCAACAAGCUGCUCAUCGCCCGCGCCCGGCGGGACGACGCGGGCAUGUACAUCUGCCUGGGCGCCAACACCAUGGGCUACAGCUUCCGCAGCGCUUUCCUCACCGUGCUGCCAGAUGCCAAGCCGCCAGGGCCCCCCGUGGCCCCCCCGUCCUCCGCCAGCAGCCUGCCGUGGCCCGUGCUCAUCGGCAUCCCGGCCGGCGCCGUCUUCAUCCUGGGCACCGUGCUCCUGUGGCUCUGCCAGGCCAGGAGGAAGCCGUGCGCGCCCGUCCCCGCAGCCCCGGUGUCCGCACACCGUGCGCCCGGGGCCCCUCGCGACCGCGGCGGGGACAAGGACCUGCCCGUGUCGCCGGCCCUCGGCACCGCGGCCGGCCCGGGGCUGUGUGAGGAGCUCGGGGUCCCGGCGGCCCCCCAGCACCUGCUGGGCCCUGGGUCGGCUGCCGGCCCCAAGCUUUACCCCAAACUCUACACGGACGUGCACACGCACACGCAUACGCACACGCACUCACACACGCACUCGCACGUGGAGGGCAAGGUCCACCAGCACCAGCACAUCCACUACCAGUGCUAGGGGUGCUGCUCUGGGGGCCCCCGGCGCACAGUGGGGUGGCGGGUGCUGCGGGGGGUGGGCACCUGGAGGCCUGGCUGAGCACCGAGGCUGUGGGGGAAGGUGCACAGGUGAGGGUGCACUGGGCGCCCUGUGCGAGAAACACACACCUGGACAUGUGCGCGUGCACACACAGUCACACACACACAUAAUCACACACACAGUCACACACACAUAAUCAUAUACACAGUCACACACACAGUCACACACACAGCCACACACACAGUCACACACACACAGUCACACACACACACACACACAGUCCACACACUGACCCUGAGGAUAGGUAGGCCCCCACACAGCCUGUGCCUGCUGCUCUGCAGUGCGCACGGCGCUGGCCCUUGCAGGAAGCCCUUGGCCUGUGAGGCGGGUUUCACGGCUGCGAUUGCCGCCCAGCCUGGCAGGAGAUCUGAGAGGCCCCCCAGCUUAGCAAACCAAAAACCCCCACCCCUGCCCCGCCUGCCGUCCGUCCCCUGCUCGGCAGGUGGGUGGCUAUUUUUGCUACCACCUGUCCUGAUGUCCAGGAGUCCACCCAUGGUAUCCUGGGCCGGGGCGUCGGGCAUAGCAGGCCCAGCCCUGUCCCAAGAGGCGGAGCCCAGCUGGGAGUGACUCUGGUCACCCCGACCUCCCUGUUGGAGAGAAGGGGCCUGAUAUUUAUAUUUAAGAAAUUAAGAUAAUAAUAUUAAUGGUGAAAGGAGGGCUGGGCACAGACCUGGCCUCCUGCGGCCCAGGACCCACCUGGCCUUGUGGCCGAGCUGGACGUCCCCCUGGGGCCGGGCACCCAUUGCCCCCCUGCCCGAGGUGGCCCCAGACCUCUGUAAUUUUAUAUAGAGUUUGAGCUGAAGCUUCGUAUAUUUAAUUUAUUUUGUUAAACAAGAAAAUGAGCAUCCUUUUUCUCUAAA